UUUUCGAUGGUGGUCUUGCAGCGCCGGAUACCUAUAUGCAUCUUCCCCAUCGUACAUCAGUGCUGGACAAAUGAGGAUGCUGAAACGGGAACGGACGAUGGGCGACAAUUGAUUGCUUGCAGAUGACACCAUGAAUCCCGCCACAGGCGGCGCUGCCGACCCGCGACAGGCAGACAAUAGUAACAUGAAACAGCAACGAGCAUCCUCCCCAGCCAGAUUUAAAGACGUUACACCAAAAACGAAAAGCCCUGCAGGGAAGCCCGGUUCAGGAAAGCAGGGCGGUAAAAACAGUCGAAGUAAUUCUCCCGUCACACAGAAUUCUGGCAAAGAUAAACAGCCUACCAAAUCUACAGCAGCUGUCCAUGCUUGUGGUGCUGAAAGUCCCACUUCGAGACGGGCAGAGAAAGGCAAAAGAGUAGAAGAGCGUAACAGCUCCACCGAAGACUCGUAUGGCACGGACGACUCUCCUUUAAAGAGCGAUACCAAUCGUGUAGUCUCUGAUCAGCCAAGUUCUUCGAAAUCCCCUCAGGGGAAAAGAAAGUAUCAGAAAGGAGAGGGAGUGUCGGGCGGAAAACAAGCCGCAAAACAUUCCAUGGGAUGUGGCCCUGGCUUCUGGAGAGAAGGAUGCUUGCAGUCUGAGUUAAUACAAUUUCACAUGAACAAGAGCUUAAAGAAAGAAGGGAACAUUCAUACGAAGGCAGCCGGCUCUGCAUCCACGGAGAUGGAAGUCCCGCGCGAGGCAUCGAAUAGGCCUGCUGAAUGCAUGACUCAAAUCAACCAAGAUUUGCGGGACGAAAUUGAUAGCUUAAAGGAUGAAAACGAUUAUCUUAAGCAUGAAAUAGAUGAAAUGAGAGCGGAGAUGGAUGAGCUGAGAGAUACGUUCUAUGAAGAAGAUGCCUGCCAAUUGCAAGACAUGCGGCGCGAGCUGGUUAGAGCCAAUAAGAACUGUCGAAUUCUCCAGUACCGCGUGCGGAAAGCAGAGCGGAAGCGGUUGCGAUAUGCAGAAACAGGUGAAAUCGAUGGGGAGUUAUUGAGGAGUCUGGAACAAGAUUUGAAGGUGGCAAAGGAUGUGUCUGUGAGACUGCACAACGAGCUGGAAAAUGUGGAGGAGAAAAGGACAAAAACAGAGGAGGAAAAUGAGAGACUGAGACAACUACUGAUUGAGGUGGAAGUGACAAAACAGGCUCUACAAAAUGAGCUAGAUAAAGCUAAAGAGGCAUCUCUGAAAAGAAGAGGAGGCAAAGACGGACAGAAAUCAGAAAAAAAAGUUCCAAAGACCCCAACAGAGGAGGAAAAUGAGGAUCUGAAAUGCCAGUUGUCCCUUAUUAAAGAAGAAGCCAUACUGAUGAGGAAGAAGAUGGCUAAGAUAGACAAAGAGAAGGACCGUCUGGAACAGGAGCUGCAGAAGUACCGCUCCUUCUAUGGUGAUGUGGACAGUCCUCUUCCCAAAGGUGAGGCUGGUGGUCCCCCCACCACACGGGAGUCUGAGCUGAAGCUACGUCUGCGUCUGGUGGAGGAGGAGGCUAACAUCUUGGGCCGUAAGAUUGUGGAGCUGGAGGUGGAGAACCGUGGUCUGAAGGCAGAGCUAGAUGACCUGCGAGGAGAGGAGCUCGUGGGAGGCACGGUGGAGCCACUGUCGCGGGAGCAGAGUGAAGUACUAUCGGAGCUGCGGCAGCAGCUGCAGCUAGUUGAGGACGAGGCCGAGCUGCUCCGACGCAACCUGGCUGACAUGGAGGAGCAGAACAAGCGGGUGACAGGCGAGCUCAACAAGCUAAAGUACAAGGCAGGCUGGCACGAGGGCUCCCGCUUCGGUGGUGGAGCGGCUGACGGUGCUAAGGCCGAGGCCCUUCAGGAGGAGCUGAAGGGCGCGCGGUUACAGAUCAAUGAGCUGAGCGGGAAGGUGAUGCAGCUGCAGUACGAGAACCGUGUGCUGCUGUCCAACAUGCAGCGCUAUGACCUGGCUUCACACCUGGGCAUCCGUCCCAGCCCUCGAGACAGCGACGCAGAGAGUGAUGGAGGCCGCCGUGAGAGCGAUGAUGAUUCCACACGCCUCCCUCCACAUCGCAAACGUGAGGGCCCCAUCGGUGGAGAGAGUGACUCAGAGGAAGUCCGCAAUGUCCGCUGCCUCACUCCAACCCGCUCUCUGUACUCUCCCGAGGGACGUUUUUUAGCCCGAAGUCUCAAGGACCGGCAGCAGAUGAUGGAUAUUCGCAUGGAGGCAGAGCGCUUGAGCAGGACCAUUGACAGGCUGAUUGCUGACACAAGCACCAUCAUUGCUGAGGCACGGGUCUAUGUGACAAAUGGUGAACUCUUCAGUCGCAUGGACGAAGAUGAUGAGAGCAACCGAAUACGUGAGCAUGAGCUUCUGUACCGCAUUAAUGCCCAGAUGAAAGCUUUUAGGAAGGAGCUCCAGAGUUUUAUUGACCGCUUGGAUGUUCCCAAACCAGAAGAUCGGGAAAAUGAAGAGCCUCUCUCUAUGUUUCAGCCCAUCAUUUUGCUUAUCCUCAUUCUUGUUUUAUUCUCUUCCCUAUCAUAUGCGACUAUAUUCAAACUGGUAUUUCUUUUCACCCUUUUCUUUGUUCUGUAAGCCCCCCUUUUAAGUGACAU